UGACGUUUGUUUUCAUUAUGUUUAUGAUUACCUCUUCCCCAGCGGUCUUUCUCUGCAAACAUAUGAAUUAGUGUGACUGUACAGGUAUGCAUUUCUGCCACUGCAAAGCUUUUGAAAGAUAACAUUUGUUGUAUGUACUAACUAUAUGACUCAAACCAGCUUCCAUAUGGUCGUGGUAUGUAGGUAAAAUGAACCAGGAGCAAGCCAAUCCGUGCGAAUUUUAUUUCCCGUCAAAAAACUGUCAUGUUGACGUCCUACUUGAUCAAAUCUAAGAAUUCGUCAACAAUAUUAGUACAUCUUAAACGUGGUUGAUUGCGACAUUUGUGUGGUCAAAUCAUAUUUUGACGAUAGCGCAUAGUUAUACCCGACCUUUCACCCAGUUUCUGUGUCCCUGAACGUCCUCCUCUUCAACCCCUUUCUCUGGAAUCAGAGACAAACCACCCCCUCACACAAUGUGUGGUUUUAUUUGACUUUGAUUCACAGUUUUGAUCACAGAAAGCGUGUCUCAUUUCUCAUCAUUCAGCUGCUACUGUCGAUGCAAAAACAAAUCACUGAAGAAGAACAGCAAAGUAACCAAUUACUGACAAAUGCUUUUAAGCUCACUACAAAUACUCCCCAUAGAAGUGUUAUUGGGCUUUUAUACGUGUACAUUUCAAGGUCACACUGUGGGGUAAAAUUGUGUUUGAGUUGUGCCACAAUGACACAGCAGGCCACUCUGGCUGUGGUAUAGCAAUCAGGGUUGUUCAAUUCAUGACAUCACCAAUUGAUCUUUCACAAGAAUACCCCAAUAACCGUAAUACUUACCAACAGCAGAGUCCAGAUUUUGGGCUUUUAAAGAGACCGAAGCCAAAAUGUUUGAGACAGAGGCUUAAAUAAAGGGGCUGAAAUGAAGGCCUAUGACGCUACUAGUCUGAGAUAAAUUGACAAUUUUUAAGCUGUAAAUCAUCAUCAUGUAAAGCUGUUUUAAAUCCAUUAGAUUGUGUGUAAUUACCCACGCUCUCUUUUCAAUUUUGGACUCCAUUUAUUGUUCUAUUUCCUCAAAAGCGUAAAAAGAAAUAAAUAAGAAAUAAAUUAUUGUGUAAACAAAUUAAUUAAUCCAUACAUUUUGUGUGUAGGGAACAUAGUUAAGUUACAUUUUGGCCCCAGAUCAAAAUGAUUUUAAUAAUAAUUUUAAAUUACGUGCAGAACAUUACAUUACAUUGUUAAGCGUUUGUUUAAAUACUCAGUGGAGUGGCUGAAUAAUGGUUGUAAUGGCAUAACAUCUGAUAGAAAACUUUAUUUGAUUGCUUCCACAGAUGCAGUAACAACAUAAUCUCACUAAAAUAGGGACUUGUGUAACAGGAAAGGACAUUUAGGCCACCUACCCUGAAGAUCUCACAUGGCUUACUCACAGAUCCGCCUGAGAAUCCUACCCAGCGUUCGCUGUUUCUUUGACAAACUGGUACAGGUGAAAGUGGAUGGGCUCCCUCCUCACAAACCAAUUGAGCUGAGAUCCAAACUGGUCGAUGACAGAGGGGUCGUUUUCAAGGCAUCUGCCCUGUACAAAGCAGAUCAAACUGGCCAGGUAGAUGUCUCCCAUGCACCCUCUCUGGGAGGGAGUUACACUGGAGUGGAGCCAAUGGGUUUGUUCUGGUCCCUGGCACCAGAGACUCCACAUAAUAAGAUCCUGAAGAAGGAUGUGCUCACCCCAACACAGGUGAAGAUAGAAGCACUUAGUGGAGACAGUGGUGAGCUUUUAGCAUCUGAAACCAACGAAAGAGAAUACAUGACAAAAGGAAUGAAGAGGAUAGCUGUGCAAGAGGGAAGGAUACGUGGAGUCCUCUUCAUCCCACCAGGUGAGCUGUCAGGGUUUUGGAAGCAGUAAAGCUGCGUAAAAAUUGGAGAGAUCUUUUUAUUUUCUCUCUUUUUACCUCAGGAAAGGGUCCAUUCCCUGGAAUACUGGAUCUGUACACAUUUGGUGGAGGUCUUACAGAGCCCAGAGCCAGCCUUCUGGCGAGUAGAGGUUAUGCUGUUCUGGCGCUGGCUUAUUUGGGCUACAAGGACUUGCCAAAAACUGCGAAACGGCUCGAUUUGGAGUAUUUUGAAGAGGCUGUGACUUAUCUGAGGAAACAACCAGAGGUUAGUUUUGAGAACCAAAACAGGGUAGUUAACAGCAUUCAAACUACCAACUAUUCUCUCUUGGCCAGCAUUGUAAUAAAUACAUAACAUAUGAAGAGAAACAGAGGAUUUUAAGAUAAGUUAAGAAGAACUUAAUUGAUUCCCAAAGGGAAUACAAUAGUAAUUUAAUACUUACAGUGGUAAAGGGAUAUUUUCUGUGCUAUUGAUGACAUCUAGUGGCUAUAUUUUGUGGCUGUAACAAGACUUAAAAAAAAUCAGUGGACUUCAUUUGCAAUUAUAUGGAUUUGAGAUGUUAAAAACAAAUGAUCUCAUCUGCCUAUUUAUUUUAUUAUGAUUUUAAAGGAAAGACAGAAAUUGUUUUGUGAUUGUUUUCUGAAUGUUUUUCAAAUGUUUUCAAAACUUGUGAAUAUAACUUAAAGACCUAUUUUCAAGCUUCUCUGGUCUAACACAUCUACAGAAUAUUAUCUUUGAUCUUUUAGUAUGUUCAUCUUUAUAAUAGGAUCUAUUAAAAUAUUGGAAUGUGCAAUUGAUAAUAGGCUUAUUAAAGAAACCACAGCAUCACACUGUAAUCUCAGCAACCUAUACCCAUGAGAUCAGACUGUCGCAGUGCCCACCUCAAUCAUAAUGUUUAUUAUUUAUGAACAACAAAUAAAAGCCCCAUAAUAUAAACAAAAUAAAAAACAUUAAUAACACUCAUAAAAUUGAUACUUUCUAUAUUUAUUUGUGCCUCAUAUAAAACUAUAUUCUUUCAGUUUUUAAGCGACCGUGAAAUUGAAAGAGUGGGAAAUGGUUUGACACACCAUAUGCCUUUGGUGUGCUUAUCAAUAUGCCAAUGUGGAGCCAGCAGCAUGUGUUGCUGUCAUAAAUGAAGAUAAAUGUUACACAUAGGGCUGCAGUGUCAGGUUUUAUGAUUAUGUGCUGCUUGCCAUCUUUAUCAGUCAUUUACAUGCUGGUGAGAGAUGGCAACUAUGUUGGUCACAACAUGUUAGCCCAAAUGAUCUCCUCAAGGCAGAUUCCUGAAAAUAAACAAAUCUGUAGAACUAAGACACGGUUGUUGUGUAUUCAUAGACUAUUGACUUUACUGCACAUUGUGAAUAGCACAUCCUAUCUAUUGAUGAGGGUACAUCUGAUAUGGGUUAUUGACACAGUUCUCCUUUGGUGCAGGUCAAAGGUCCUGGCAUUGGCAUCAUAUCGAUCUCUCACAGUGGUGGUAUUGCUUUGUCCAUGGCUUCCUUCCUCUCUGGGAUCUCUGCGACCGUCUGUAUUAAUACCUGCAAUGCAAAUACUGUGAUUCCUCUGCACUACAAAGACCUUGUUAUUCCCCCACUCUAUCCACUCGUAGAGAAUAUACAAUUUUUAGACUCUGGGCUUCUGGAUAUACGCGAUGCCCUACCAGACCCUUCCUUGGAAGAGAACAGACAAUCAUUGUUUCCAAUCGAACGUGCUACCUGCCAGUUCCUCUUUGCUGUUUCUGAAGAUGACCGCAACUGGAACAGCCCUAUCUUUGCCAAUCAAGCUGUGGAAACAUUGAGAAAACACAGGAAGAAGUCCUACGAGCUGGUGACAUACCCGAAAGCUGGUCACUUUCUGGAAGUCCCCUACAUGCCGUAUUGUGCGUCUACCGUUCACAGAGCAGUAGGGGCUCCAGUGGUGUUUGGUGGGGAGCCAAAAGCCCAUUCAGAGGCUCAGCUGGACCUAUGGGAACGAGUCCAAGAGUUCUUCAAGAGCCACUUAGUCAACAAGAGCACUUGUUAACGAGCAAUGCUGCAUCAAGUGAAUCAACCAUCUUCGAGCUGCAGUCUUCAGCCAUGCUUGACCUUGGCUUUAGUUUCUAAUGAAUCAAAUUGUUAAAGGAGCACUGACUGAGUCAUCAUCUUGAAGCAGUUUGCCUUCAUAAGCUUCUGUUUGUGCCAUUGUUAACCCAACACUUCAGUAUUUGUUCAGUUUUCUUGUUGUUGUACAUCAGCUAUUGAGGUAUCGUAGCAAAAACAUCAAAAACAUAGAUAAUAAAGAUAGUCAAGCUUCUGUUCAAGGUAAGUAUAACACUAAAAAAAGCAGUGAGCCAAUGUGAACAACACCAAGACACAUCGAAAUGAGAUGCAGCCGUCAUUUCUGUGAUUAAUCACCGCUGUGGAAAGCCAAAAUAAAUGUCUCAUAAUGACAAGGUUAUUAUGCAGGAAUCAGUCAAUAAUUAGCUGUCUCUCAAAAACACUCCUCUACUCUUUAGGGAAUCUUGUUCAUGAUUGAAAAGAGCUGACAUAUUAUUUAGACUUUGAAUGAUAAUAUUUAUAACUAGCUAGAAAACUUGAUCUAAAAGGAAAAAUCACCAGUUCUUGCGGUCUCUAAAAAUUCAACAAUUACAUGAUUUUGAACUGAAUCUAAUGCACAUUAAUCAACCUGGAAAACCUGAAAAAAAAAAAAAACACUGGAGUUAGCAUGAUGACUCAGGGAUAGAUAACUUAGAAAAACGUAAAAUAAAUGUACAAGUAGAGGACACAAACAUGAGACAGACGUGCUGCAGGCAAAUGAAAGCAGAUGUCUGUAUUUAUUGAAACUCCGGAGAGGAGGUUUUAGGGAUCACUAAAAUCAAACAACCAUAUACUUGAUGUAUAUUGCGCAUCUAAACUGAAAUCAUAUUGUCUCAUAUUACACCAGUCAGUGCCAUUUUGGUUCAGUUAAACACAGCAGUGACGUGUCUCCUAAUAUGAACUCUGUGAUGUGACUAAUCUGUACAAAUGUUGCCCUCUAGUGGCAGCUGAGAUUACUUACAUCCAUCAGAUUUUUCCAGUUGGUUGUGGGAUAGUUGUGUCUCACAGCACAAGAUGCACAGCAGAGAAGAAGUAGAACUCUAAUGAUGAAAGCUUGUGAAACAAAGGCGUACUAAUCUCUACAACACAAAUCCUACUCUUGCAGUCUAAUUCAUAAGUCAGAGUUCAAAACCUUGGAUUUUACAGGUCUCAUUUAAAGGGGAGUGAGUGAGCUUUGAUGAUGCAAGCUUUUGUCGGUUACGUUUCAACACUACAGUCUGCAUAAUAAAGGUAAGGAGAGAGGAAGAAGCCUAAAGAAGAUGGGUCAUCUGCUGGAGAACAUGGAACAAUUUUGAGGGCAUGACGGGGGCGAGAUGUCAGUGAAUCCAUCCCCUCUGAAUCCCAGUAGACUGAUCAUUGCCUCUAUUUCGGAAGUGUUAACAGGGUAUGUACAGAGCAGUAUAACAGCUGUUGUCAAACAUCAGUUAAGAUGAUUAAAUUCCUCACUCACAUUUGAGGCUAAAACCACUACUUUUCCAGAGCUCUUUGUAUAGUAUUACUAUUAAAAAUCAAUAAUAAUGACAAAAAA